CUUAUCGACAAGAAGGUUGAGAAAAUUCGAAUAAUAGACACCGAGAUUCCUUCUUCCCUCAGUCUGUUAAAUAUACUCGUGCAAAUAUUAUAAACAUAUUUUACCAGACUUCAAUGUUAACUGUGUAGAUGUCAAAAACGGUGUCAAAACAUUGGAUGCUUCAAUAAACGAUACAACAUUGAAGUCUGAGUGCGGGGCAGCGUGGUGGUGUUGAUAGAAUCGCACCAAUCCUUUCCACAGGCCUAUUAGUAGAGACAACGUGGCAAGACAACUAUGACCACACUUCAACCUGUUCGUCGAGUGGCUAUCAUUGGCGCUGGGGCUUGUGGGUUAGCAGCCGCUAAGUAUUUGUUGGCUGAGAAUCAUUUCGACAAAAUUGAUAUCUUUGAACAGCGCGGCAGGGUUGGUGGUGUCUGGAUUCACGCUUCUGCUGAAGACAAAAAAAAACUCAGAUUUCCAGUGCCACAGCCUGAUCCCAAUCUGCCCCAUGAAGAGCCUAUAUGGCGCACCAAAGACGAUGGAAGCCGUGAAGCUACCUUCGUCUCCCCGUUGUAUAGUGGUAUGGAGGCAAAUGUGCCGAAAAUGAUUAUGGAAUAUGGCACAAAACCCUUUGCCGAGAAUGUUCAGCUUUUUCCAACAUUUCAGCAAAUCCUCGAAUAUCUCGAGGAAUACGCCGAAGAGGUCAAGCAUUUGAUCAAUUUCGAGCAUCAAGUGUUAGAUGUUAAACUUGAAGAUCCUGCUCGAAGCAAUUGGGCUGUCACGGUGAAAAAUCUAAGUACAGGGGAGAUAUCGACAUCGGUUUAUGAUGCAGUCGUGGCUGCAAAUGGACAUUACAAUGUUCCGUAUAUACCGGCUAUUAAAGGAAUAAAAAUCUGGAAUGAAGCAUUCCCAGAUUCAAUUUCGCAUUCCAAAGUCUAUGAUUCUGCGGAUGAUUUCAAGAACAAAAAGGUCAUUGUCGUCGGUAAUUUGGCGUCGGGACUUGACAUAGGAAGCCAAAUAUCCAAAGUUUGCAAGCAGCCUCUUAUCUCAUCACAUAGAUCCGUGUCAGAGAUGUUUGUGUCAGGAGAGCUUACUGACAGGGUAUCACGCGGUGAAAUACUGGAGUUCCUACCUCCCGAAUCAUUUGAUCGAGGCGUCAGAUUCGUGGACGGCACAACCGAAGAAGGCAUUGAUGCGAUUGUUUUCUGCACUGGCUAUUUCUACGCAUAUCCGUUUUUGUCUUCAUUGAAGACACCAGUUAUCAAUAACGGUGCACGCACAAUGAAUGUUUACCAGCAGUUGUUCUACAACGAACAUCCAACUCUGGUAUUCACUGUCUUAGCUCAAAGAGUUCUUCCUUUUCCUUUGGUAGAAAACCAAGCCUCUGUUUUUGCCCGCGUUUGGGCUGGAAGACUCAAAUUACCCUCAGUAACCGAAAUGAGGGCUUGGGAGGAUGGCGAAAUCGAGAAACGAGGAUCUCAAAAGGGAUUCCACGUUAUUCCCUUCCCCUUGGAUGCCGACUAUAACAAUAUGCUCCAUGACUGGGCAGCAACAGCUGAGGUCAGACCCGGGCUUGAAAAUGAUGGCAAAGGCAAACUGGGGAUACGAUGGGGAGAUAAGGAAAAAUGGAUCAGGUCGCACUUUCCUGACAUAAAGAAGAACUUUGUCAUGCAAGGCGAGAAGCGACAUUCAAUUCGAAGUAUCGAAGAGCUAGGGUUUCAUCCGCGUUUAUGACAGUAGUAUAGACAUAUAUUACGAGUAUAGAUUUUGUGGAUAUAACGAGGUAAAUUUGGGAUAAAAUGGCAUGUAUGUGUCUUCAGUUUUCAUAAACUAGAUAACCUAGUGGGUUGACAACAGUUGAGCUGAGACUCGAGUUAAGAGUUUGUCUAGCUGGAGAUGCACCACAUACUAGAGCUAUUAAGGCCGAAGCCUUAGUCUAGUAGGGAAAGCUUGACGGUUAUGAGCCUAGGUUUGCCAGAAUAAUCGAUCGCACUUCGCAAUGAAUAUAUCCAGAGCGUCUUUGAUCAGU